GUUCAAGUCCUUGUAAUACCCUGCUCACCAUCAUGUCCGUCAAACCGAUCACAUCUCAUAGCCAGUUCAUUUCCAUCAUUAUGGAAGAGGGAAAGACUGUCAUCGUAGAUUUCGUAUCCGAAAGGUGUCCUCAUUGCAAAGCAAUCGCCCCCACCUUUGAUGAACUCGCAAACAAGUUCUCGUCAGACAAGAUCGAAUUUUACGUCAUUGACGCCGAAAAAGUCGACGAUGUCAGCUUCGAAGUUGGUGGCAUAACGAGCUAUCCUACAUUCAUCGCAUUUAAGGACAGUAAUAAGAUGGAGGAAUCCACGUUUGGUGCUUCUCGCGAGAGGUUGCAGAAAUUUGUGGAGAAAUACUGUUCACCUUAACGCUACAUAUUUUUAUCGGGGACCAAGGACAGUUCUGACAGUUCGGGAAACGACUUUCAUUGAUCGGUCGGACACGUUGAUGACUUUACUAUGUCUU